ACCUCUGCAGACCAGAGGCGCUCCCCUAAGUAAUCACCUAUUGAUAUGGAGAUGACCUACUUCUCUCCCUCCUGUGGAAACACCUACUGAUAUGGAGAUGAAUGAAGGCCAGAUUUGGCUUCCGUGGGUGCUUGUUCCUUUCUGUGCUAUGGAAUUAACAAAGGCAGGCAUCUUAAUCUCUUCCCUCACUUCCAAGAUACUGAGUGCAGCCAAGCUGGCCAACGUGGGCACAGUGGCCUCUAACAGUGUCCUAGCUGGCCUUUCAUCAAUGGGGCUCACACUGUCAUCCAACGCUGCCCUGGGCCAGACUGCGUCCACCCUGGGGUCCUGGCUGGGGGUACUUAAUGGCUCCUCCCUGCUGGGAGCCCCUGCUGCAGCUCUGACCAGUUUCCCAGUCGGAGCCAAGAUUGCUUCAGCUGUGUUCGGAGGAGCCGUAGCUGUAGAGGCUGUGCCCACGGUGCUGGGCGCCAUGGGCUUCACUGGUGCUGGAAUUGCGGCCUCAUCCAUCGCAGCCAAGAUGAUGUCCGUAGCUGCCAUCUCCAAUGGGGGUGGAGUGGCAGCUGGCAGCCUUGUGGCUACUCUGCAGUCCGUGGGAGCAGCCGGACUUUCCAUGUCAUCCAAGGUCCUCCUGGGCUCAGCUGGGUCUGCCCUCGUGUCCCGAAUGGUGGGCUUGUAAUAGUUUCCUGUCAGUCCCCCUGCAGAGAAGAGGACGGGUCUGGCCCUGCCCACCAGCCCCGUGCAGCGAGGGACCCGUUUCCAGGUGACAAGAUGCCAAACAGUGUACCCCCAGAAAAUAAGGAAUAAAAAGGUGUUGUUGCCAUCC